AUGCCUUUGUCCAGUUUUUUUGUCAGCAAGUUGUUAGAGUUGCCUGCUUAUUAUGCAGCCGGCUUGAUAUUAGUCGGUUGCUGCCCAGGAGAUCUUCCCAUGCACUUACAUUGCUUAUAUAAUUCUGUCUCUGCAUCGAUGCAGGCACCGCAAUUGUGUUCCAGGGGAAAUGUUGUCCUCUCUGUGUUGAUGACAGCAGUAAGCACCGUUGCGGCUGUGAAUUCUAUGCUCGGAGUAGUUCUUGCAGGCCAGCAUUUUGGCAAUCCAUUGACAGCAGUCCCUUGUGCUGUGUCUAGUGUUUGUGCCAAGCGGCCUGCGGCAGUAGUAACUUGGCUGGGAUCUGGCGAUGCAUGA